AGGUGUGUUCGCGAAUACCAAUAAGUCAGUUGACAUCGAUAACUGAUACUAUACUUUCGUUUUCAUGCAUAAUGUAGUUAUUUUUUAGAGCACACCUAAUAUUAUAUUUAUACAAACUCAUUUCAAACCUCGGAAAAUACCAUCAUUAAUUUGUAAUAUAUAUACUCAUAGAAUGAUAUAUUGUCUUAAUUCAGAACAGUAUAUACUGAAAAAUAUCAAUAAUUUCCCUUAAGCUACAUCACUGAUGUCACUCAUCAGAUAUAUGUCGAGUAGGAGUUUUCAAAUUUACGCAAUGACUGAUAACGACAUUCAUGUGUCAUUUUCUUAGGAUGUCUGUGAUACUUUCCACUUCAUAUUAGUGUGGUUAAAUGUGUUUUAACUGUUGCUUCUCAGUAUAUCAGUUCCAUUGACUUCUCAGUUUUCCUAUAUCAUGCAUUUUCUCUAUGAUAUUUAUUGUGUGCAUCAAAUAAGUGGACGUAAAAAUAAUCGAUGAAAAGCUUAAAUAUUUUUACUUAUCAUAUUUAAAUAUGCCUGGCUGCCUUAAAUUAGUUAUUUGAAAUACUAGUAGAUUUUAAAAUCAUCGAAAAUGUUUGAAGCAAUGUAUAUGUGUUAGAUAGUUAGCUCCAAACCGUUUGUUUCCUGUUAUUACCUAAGAAUAUAAAUACAAAGAGUUGAAUGACUACCUUACUUGGUGAUACGCAACUAGUUAAUCUGUAACAUAAUAACAGUAUUCUGCAUAUAUAUGUAUAUAUAUGUCUUUCAGAAAUCUUUCAUUCUUUGUCAAUUUUUCCUAAUAAUAGUUUCAUUUAAAAUUGCGUGCUGAAGCUUCAUGUUCAACAGAAGCUUAAUCUGUAAAGCAGCUUUAUUAAGGACAUAAUAGGCACUGUCGAUGGAGUAGCCACAACCUCCCACGUAUUUCCUUCCACAGGUAUUAUUGCAGUGAUGUCCAACUUCCAUGGGAGUCCAUGAAUAGCCAAGUGAAUUCUGACUUCAAGAAGUAAAUGUUUUCAGCUUAUCGCCAAGUCUGCAGCAGAAACAGUCGCUUUUGCACUUUAUUAAGCAAUUAUUUGACAACAGUACAUUUGAGUACACGAUGUGAAACUGAAAAAAUUAAACUGAGGCAGCCAUUCGCUAUCUCAGUUGGAAACUCACCAAUUCAGGCGUCAAAUGGAGAAGAAGCUUUCUUUUUCCUAAAAGAUGAUGCCAAAGUGUUUAUUCAUGGCGGUGCAGCUACACCAACGCUACUUAUCUCUGAAUUCUAUAAGUAUGUAAUGGAUAAGAAACUUAAAAACAUAUCAGCCUAUCAUAUACAUACAGAAGGACCUUUUCCAAUUACCAAUCCAGAAGCAGCUGGACAUCUUCGGUCUGUGUCGUUAUUCACAGGUGGCAACUGCAGAGAGCCAAUCGAAAGUGGAAGAGCUGACUAUAUCCCAAUCUUUCUGAGUGAAAUCCCACAGCUAUUUCGUAGAAACAUCAUAAAAUUGGAUGCUGCAUUGUUGAACAUCAGUCCACCAGACCACAACGGGUUUUGCUCACUCGGUCCAAGUGUAGAUGUCGCCCGUGGUGCCGUUGAAUCCGCUAAGUACCUUGUCGGUCAAAUUAAUCCAAGCUUGCCAGUAACUUUUGGAGAUGCCCAUAUACACAUAAGCAACUUCACUUCUGUUAUUCAUGGUGACAUGCCUUGUCACUGUAUGAAGCCACGUUCAGUAUCUGAAGCUGAGGAAAAGAUUGGUGCACUGAUUGCUGAGAAUCUAGUCGAUGAUGGUGCUACUCUGCAAACAGGUAUUGGAGCUAUUCCAGAUUCCGUAUUAGCAAGGCUUACAAAGCAUCGUGACUUAGGAAUUCACACUGAAAUGUUCUCAGACGGAGUUAUAAAUCUGGUUGAAUGCGGAGCCGUAACAAAUUCUAACAAAAAACUUCGUCCAGGGAAAACUGUCACAAGUUUUGUCAUCGGUACAGAGAAGGUUUUCAAAUUCCUACAUAACAAUGCCUCAAUCGACUUCUGUGAUGUUGCCUGGGUGAACAAACCAUCUACAAUAGCUAGGAAUCCCAAACCAGUUGCAAUCAAUUCUUGCAUUGAAGUUGACCUAACUGGUCAGAUUGUUUCAGAUUCUAUCGGUAUAAGAAUUUACUCAGGAUUCGGUGGUCAAGUUGAUUUCAUUCGUGGAGCUGCACUAGCCGAGGAUGGCUUGGGAAAGCCUAUAAUUGCCCUGACAUCUACAACACAUAAGGGAGAAAGUAAAAUCUCCUCGUAUAUUAAAGAAGGUGCUGGUGUCGUGACGACCAGAGCUCAUGCUCAUUAUAUUGUAACAGAAUACGGAAUUGCCUCUUUGUUUGGACGAUGCUUGAGGCAACGUGCCCAUGCUCUAAUUCAAAUCGCACAUCCAAAUCACAGAGAAUCUUUAGAAAAAGCUGCAUUUGAACAUCUUAAAGUAAUGCCAUCAGCAGGUUAGAAGGAAUCGGUGAUUGGAAAGAGAAGUGUCAUUUAAAAACUUAUAUCUCUGUGUCACUGACAUUGCUUUUCUUAACUAUAAUAAAAGCUGCCUUCUUUGGGCAAUUAUUUGUAUCCUC